AUGCUAGCUUUCGGAGAUGUAAUAGUUUCUGCAGAGCUAGGGCGGGGUCACAUCAUCAUUCUUACCAAGGAGAAAGGAAUCCCAUUGGAUUAUCAUAUGAUAGAGACAAUGUCACAGGAAGAAAGAGAUUUAAUUCGCCAGGAAGUAAUAUCGGCCGUCUCAGUUUUGCGUUCAAUUGGUGCUAGACACGGAGAUCCGGCACCAUGGAAUAUCCUGUGGGACAGAGGCAGCGAAAAAGUAGUGAUGCUUGAUUUCGAGAACAUGCGGAAGGAAUAUAAGGGGGUACCUGCGGAUGUAGGGGAGGUUGAUAGAAUACUAGGGUCAAAGUCGACGUUAUGA